ACUGAAGGAGGGGAAUAAAAGCACCAGUAAAACCACCACUGAGACUCUUUGGCUGUCUAGUGUUUCAAUGAAUAGGUUCGAGGAUCCCAGAUGACACACUAUGACCAAAAACUCCUUGACUACACCACUGACCAUGAACGUCUCCCUCCUUCCCACCGAGGUGAACUUAACUGUGACCCAGCAGACGUGUGUGGAUUACGAUGCUCUCCAAAUCCCACUGGCGGUACUCUACUCUAUAAUUUUCAUUCUUGGACUCGUCGGGAACCUUGUAGCUCUGUGGGUUUUCUUCUGCGUUUACUCCAAGAAGAACUCGGUGAGGGUGUUCCUCAUUAACGUGGCUUUCGCGGACUUGCUCCUGGUGGUCUGUCUGCCCUUCAGGAUCCUCUACCACAGCCAGGGGAACAUGUGGAACCUGGGCCCCACCCUGUGUAAAGUGGUGGGGAACCUUUUCUACAUGAACAUGUACAUCAGCGUCACUCUACUCGGUCUAAUAAGCGUGGAUCGGUACCUGAAGAUCCAUCGCAGCGUGGGGAUGCAGCACAGGUUCAGAUCCACUAAGUGGAGCUCUAUCAUCUGUGCCGUCAUCUGGAUCGUGGCCUCAGCUUUGACUCUGACGCUCCUCAUGUCAAAGAAUCACCCACAGAUGGACAGGUGUUUCCACUAUAAGACACUCCUUAAAGCCAAGUGGAAAGCGUACAUCAACAUCGUCCUGCUGGUCAUCUUCUGGCUCGUCUUCGUCUCUCUUGUCAUCUCUUAUGGAAAAAUUGCGCUCAAGCUCCUGAGAGCGUCGCAGGAGAAACCGGACCUGCCCAACGCUCAGCACUACACCCGGUCAGCACGGAAAUCAUUCUUCAUCCUCUUCCUCUUCACCAUCUGCUUUGUCCCCUAUCACAUGGUCCGAGUGUUCUACAUCAAAACUCAGAUCACAGACACUUCCUGUUUCUGGAGGGGCGUGGCCGAUAAAGCCAACGAGGUGGCGCUCUUGUUCUCUGCUCUGAACAGCUGCCUUGACCCUGUCAUGUACUUCCUGUUGUCGUCCUCAGUGAGAAAGGAGGUGCUGCGUCUGAUGGGCAGCUUGUUGAGGGUUCGAGAUGUUUCUGCAGCCAGCGGGAGCAGCUUGAUGGUCGAGAUGGAUAGAAAGAGGAUCGACAGAGGAAACACAAAGUGCUACAAUAAUCCCAAGGAGAGGGAGGUGACUGAAUCCAGCCUCACAGAGAUGUGAGUGAGAUGAUAUAAUGCCCUUGUUCUGUAUGUAAAUAUGA